GGAGAAGGCGGGGACGGGGACGGGGACGGGUCCGGGCGGGAGGAGACGCGCUGACCGGGCCGGGGUGGUCGAGCCGGCGGUUGAGCGGCCUGCACCGGCUCCAGUGGAUUAUGACAAUCACCGCCUUGCCCACCCUGCCCAGCGGACUGUGACUUUUCCCCAAUCACGGCGGAAUCCAUCAAGCCCACGUGCUGCAGAGUUGUCAUCUACUUGCAGAAGGAGAUGUCUGGUGACACGUGUUUAACCACCAUCUGUCCGGCUUCAGGAGCCAAGUCCAAAGCCUGCAGCUUCAAAGGGGGCAGCCUUGGCAACAAGUAUGUGCGGCUCAAUGUCGGGGGCUCCUUGUAUUACACCACAGUCCAGGUGUUGACCCGGCACGACACGAUGCUGAAGGCCAUGUUCAGUGGCAGGAUGGAAGUGCUCACUGACAAGGAAGGCUGGAUCCUUAUAGACCGUUGUGGGAAACAUUUUGGGACGAUUUUAAAUUAUCUUCGAGAUGACACGAUUGCGCUUCCAAAAAACAGGCAGGAGAUCAAAGAGCUGAUGGCAGAAGCCAAAUAUUACCUCAUUCAAGGCUUAGUAGACUUGUGUCAGACAGCCCUUCAGGACAAGAAGGACUUGUAUGAACCUGUCUGUAAUAUCCCCAUCAUUACAUCUCCAAAGGAAGAAGAGAGGCUCAUAGAAUCAUCUAUCAAACCUGUAGUCAAGCUGCUUUAUAACAGGAGCAACAACAAAUAUUCCUACACCAGCAAUUCGGAUGACAACCUAUUGAAGAACAUAGAACUGUUUGACAAACUCUCUCUCCGCUUCAAUGGCCGAGUCCUCUUCAUUAAGGAUGUUAUAGGGGAUGAAAUCUGCUGCUGGUUCUUCUAUGGACAGGGGCGGAAGCUUGCUGAGGUCUGUUGCACAUCUAUAGUCUAUGCCACCGAGAAGAAACAAACCAAGGUUGAGUUCCCUGAAGCACGUAUCUAUGAGGAGACACUAAAUGUCUUGCUUUUUGAAACUCCACGAGUUCCUGAUAACUCCCUGUUGGAGGCAACGAGCCGGAGCCGAAGCCAAGCCUCUCACAGUGAGGACGACGAGGGCUUUGAACUGCGAGACCGAGUCCGUCGCAUACACGUCAAGAGAUACAGCACCUAUGAUGACCGGCAGCUUGGCCACUAGGAUAUUGGCAGAGGAGAAAGGGUUUGCUUUGUGUGCUUGUUUGUAGAGCAUAAAGACUGGAUGUUUUUGUGUGAGAAGUUUGGCUGAGACGCAGGGGGUGGACUGUUGGACUCGCUGGUUGAGAAGCAAUUAGCAUCUUUGCACACAGAUUCAAAGCAACACUGAAGGCCAGAGGAUUCAAGAGUCACUGAUGUGUCCGUUGUGUACCACACGGUGUAAACAGAGCAGCAUUCACUGUGUUGCGCAAGGGAUGGGAUCCCCGGACCCUGUCUCUUCUGGCAGCUACCAGUCACCUUUUUGUGAGAAGCUACAAAUUUUUCCUCAAGAUGGUGAUUCUGUUUGCAAGCUUUUCUUUAUCCAGAGCCUUCUGUUACAGUUCUGUACCUUGAAUAUGUAGGAUAGGAAAGAGGCUGGGGUAGAGUUGAACACUAGCUCCUUUUGCAGACACUACGCCCUCCAGACCUCAUUAUCUUCUUGUGAAGCAAGCAGUUGGACUCUCGGGGCUAUAUGCAGAAUGUUUCUGUAUUAAGAUCACUUUUGAGCCUUAAACUCCUUGUCCUGCCUCACUAUAAGCCAGGAUCUUAAGGGAAAGCAAGAGUCAAGCUAGCAAAUUAUCCCUUUGUGGAAAAAGGGAGGAACUUGGAGAGCUCAGUAAAAUAAACAUGAAAUGAUCUGAUAAGAGGGGUGGGGGUGGGAAUGGGUGUGGUAAAGUUUACAAGAAAGGGAGCAUUAAGGUGGGAUCAACCUCCUGUUGGGCCUGGAAUAUGUGUAGAUGAACCCUGAAUAUAGAAAUCAUGGGAAUGUGGGGAAUCGCUCCAGAAUUAGUUGCUGCUGCUUUCCUCUUAGUUACACCACUGUUAGGAUGCGUUUCUUAAGUUGUGUGUGGGGAGAACAGGGUGAUUGAGGCAAAUUUUAAUACUCCUCACUGGCUAAUGGUGAAGUACAGACCAAAGGGAGCUUCCUAGUGCUCAAUAAGGCUGGUGUGCAGGGGGCAGUACCUGUGUUUCUAUUCUGAUUUCCCUCUAAGGCAAGGAAAUGGGAGUGGGGGAAUGAGAAUAGCCACUGAAGCUUGGGUGCUGUAGGGUGAAACAGGACCAAAGGGCUCAGCCCAAGGGAAGACUCCUUUUACUGAAUUUUAAACAAUCUCUGUAGCUGAGAAUUGGUAGAACUCCUGAUCAGAAAAUUUUAGAGAGUCAAAUAGCUGUUUUUCAACAUAUUGUAAAGGGAAGAGAUUUCAGGCGUGUACUCCAGAAUGUGGCUUCUUCCCUUACUGAGUUAACAUGAUAUCUGUGUGAGCAAAGAGUUUUUAAGGGCGUAGAUGUGAUUUAUCCAGUGAGAAAUGAUUAUGCUCAAGACUGGGUAAAAGCUUAAGGGUUUAACUUUUCUUAAGCUUUGCUGGCCACUUGCCUCAGUCCUUUUGUUGGAGGGCCCCCUUGAGCGCUGCAGGUUUGAUUGUAUGCUAUGCACAAUUAGCCACGUGCCCGGUAUUCAGGGUUGUUUCAGUGCAGGUCAGUUAUUUGUUUGGCAAACAGGAAAAAUUGUCACCUGUCUAGACUUGUUUUUUCUUGUGUGCCCUGGGAUGAUGGUUGGUAGUAUUUUACCUAGGCUGACCUUCCUAUGCUGAGAAUGUUUUCCCUGUUCAUUUUUCAGGGAAAAAUGCAGAGUCUUUGCACAUUGCAACGGAGAGGACCUUAUAAGCAUAGACCACUAUCUUACCCGCUGAUGGACUUCAGCCCCUCUACGCAUCCAAUUCCUUUAGAUUCUUCCACUAAAGACUAUGAGUUAUGGAGUUAAAUUAAUGCUUUCCCACAUCAUCUUAACUUAAUCACAUAGGGCAAGCUAUCAACUGAACUGGAGAACUUGGCGUUAGCAUGUCAACAUUGGGAGUAAAUCGCUGCGCUCAGUGACGUAGUUUCACUGGUGCGAACUAAGCACAGAAAAGAGCAUACUGGAACUUGCACCAGCUUGGGUAACUCAGUCUUACCUCCUGUGAGGGGCAAACCCCUGUCUGCCCUAAGGUUAGCACUAGUUCAGGUACACUGACUGCUAGCCACCUGGCCUGCACAGGGUCUUUUGAGUGGCGAGUUUUGCCAAAUUGAAAGAUCCUUAUUCAAGUAACUUGCAUGUCUUAGGAUUUGGCCCUUUGUAACUGCUCAGAGCGACUGAUAUUUGCCUCAAAGGGAAAAGAAAGAUUUAUUUCACAGGCUUUAUAAAAUAUGAGAGGGUUUACAUUGACUUCAGAGUCAGAAUGCAGAGAAUAAAUGAGGUUGUGAGACUAAAUUAGUAUCCAAAUGUAAUGAAACCCUUUAAAACCCAACCUAUUCAGCACAUUUAGUGUUCUUUCUAAAGACAAAGCCCAAUCUAGAGCAGUCUGGUUAGACAAGAGAUUUUGAGUACUGUAAUCAUGUAAAGAUUUAUUUUUCUUACAAAUUCAUUAAAUAGUACAUGCCUGUUUUUAAAAUUAUAGCGUAUUCAAGAUAGUGUCUAGUAUGAUUUUAUUUCCCUAGAUGUAGUCAAGAUGCACAUUAAGGAAAAGAGCUAAUUGUUUUAACUAUUAAUUUGAAAAUGAAAUGUAUCAAUUUCUGAUGGGGAGACUGCAUCCCUUUGGGUAACAAGUUAAGCCUACCUACAAGAGAGCAGCUGUUCAACACCACCUUCAAUUGGGCCUGUUGAGCAGUCACAAGUUGGGUUUGUAAAGUCAUUAACUUUUUUCUUUUUUCUUUAAAUCUGUUAGACUCCUAGCUCUGGGUCACCAAUUCAGAUCCACUAAACAGUCAGCCUGGUUCAUGGGUCUUAGUUUAGUUCCCAGUAGCUAGGGUUCAAUGUUAUAAAUGCCUUCAUCACAAUUGGCCAUACAUGGCUUCUUUUACCCUCUAACAGUGAUCUUUUCAUAUUUGCUGUGAAGGAGUAGGGGAAGGCAGUGGGGAAGUGCGGUAUGCGACUGCCCGUACUGUGUCUGAAUUUCUGUGGUCCUCAGGACUGUCAGGUUGGCAUUUCCUUCAUCACUGCUAAAUCAUUUGCCAAUUUAAAAGCGAAACUUGGUGGGGUUGUUUUCCUGCAAAGUCUGUUUUAGCAUUUACUAUGCAACUUUGCUGUAGUUUGCACUGGGCUGGACAGGGGUUUUGGUAGGCCACGUUUGAAAAGAAUGGCAGGGAGUGCCCUCAGAUUUCUUGU